UAUGACUGAUGUGCUUAAAUAAAUAAAUGAACCCCUAUUCAGAAUCAGAAAUUAAUAAUAUUAACAAUAUGUUUUUCUUCCCUUUUGGUUUGUUAAUGUGUUUUGUUAAAUGAAAUUAUUUCUACCUGAAAUAUAAAUCUGAAUUUAGCAUUGUGGAGCAACACAGUAAAAGUUAAUCCUGGCUUACUGUAAAUUUUAUGAUAUCUCGAAUGCAGUCUGGAUUAUUUCAAACAGGAUUUAAAGUUUCACGCAACUGGAUUCAUAGAUAACGUUUAAAUGAAUCCAGAUUAAAGCUUGAUCUUUAACAGUCAGAGCUGCUGUGAUUGGCAUCAAAUUAACAGCAGACUAGUUAUAGUGUAAUGGUAUAUUACUAGUUUAUUUAACAAACAGUUAAUUAUUCUCACAAAUUGUGAACAAACAUGAGCAGAGGAAAAAAAUAGUACAGAACUGACUCUAUAAGUUAUACAGAACUCUCUACAGAACUAAUUACACUUUAAAUUAUACAUAAACAUGAUCUAUUAAACGACACAGAGUCGACUCUUUUCUUCAGUGGACUAAUUAUAGUUUAAGAGUAUUUUUUGACUAGUUUAUUACUUUAGUACAGUAAAGUCUUUUUACACUAUUAACACGGAACUCUAACUAAUUACACUUUUAAUUGUGCCCGAAUAUGAGCUGAAAAAUCAAAUGACACAGAAUCGACUCUAUUCUUCAGUGGUCUAAUUGUAGAUUAAGUGUAUUUCUUACUAGUUUUUCCAGGAAACAGUUGGUAAAUUAAAUUAUUCUUAUACUAGGUAUAGAAGUAAUACAGAGCUUUAACAGACACUUUAAAUUAUGGAUGAACAUGAGAAGAAAAAAAAUAAACGACACGGAAUCGACUCUCUAUUUUUAUUUCCUUGCGUCUGGAAUCGGAGAGUCGACUCUUUUCUUUCAACCUGGAAUCGGAGAGUCGACUCUUUUCUUUCAACCUGGAAUCGGAGAGUCGACUCUUUUCUUUCAACCUGGAAUCAUACAAUCGACUCGUUUGGAAUCGACUCGUUUUUUUUGGAAUCGACUCUGAACCCCAAUCUGACAGAUGCAGAUAUUAGCAUUGCUAAGUUAGCUAGCAGCAUUAUCUCGUAACGCGGAGAUUAAAGGACAUUUUAAGCGUUUACACUUAAAAAAGAAACCAAGCUUAAUGACGUAAACAACAGUUAGCACUGUAAAAAACGCAUUCUUACUCUAAUUUUUGACGUUAUAUAUUUAUAGACACAUUAUUUUAAUCCGCGUUGACGAGAAAAGCUUUCAGUUAUGAAAGCGCGUGCUAGCUAACUUACUGUUUCAGCCAAUAACUGUGCUAUUAAUGAUUACAUUUUCAGGACACACACUUUUAGGUUGAGAUUGUAAAACAAACUGCGCGGUUUUAUACUAUGAAUUGUUCAAAUAGUGUAAAGUAAACAGUUGUCAGCAAUCCUAAUGAUUCACUUUAACGGCGAGGAACAACAUGACUCAGCCUGAAAUACUCCCUGUUAGGCUCUUGGUGAGCAUCACAGACUAGAUGACGGAGCCAGGUCGCAGGGAAGCUGAGUGGAGAAUUCAACAUGAAGUUGUACGUGUUCCAGGUCAAUAAUGGGAGCACGUUGACAUUCGACACCGAACUAGCGGUACAAACUGUUCUGGACCUCAAACAUGCAAUCCAGGCUAAGUAUAAGAUCGCCACUCAGCAUCAGGUGCUGGUGGUUAAUGGGGGCGAGUGUAUGGUGGCCGAGAGGAGAGUGUGUAGCUACAGUGCAGGCACGGAUACGAACCCCAUCUUUUUGUUCAACAAAGAGAUGAUCUUGUGCGACCGCGCGCCCACGAUCCCCAAAACCACCUUCUCCAUAGAGAAUGAGAUGGAGAUGAAGGUGGAGGAGUCCCUCAUGAUGCCGGCCGUGUUUCACACUGUCGCCUCGAGGACGCAGCUCGCCGUGGAAAUGUUUGAAGUUGCCAAGAAGCUAUGCUCUUUCUGUGAGCGCCUGGUCCACGAUGAACACCUUCAGCACCAGGGCUGGGCCGCCAUCAUGGCCAACCUGGAUGACUGCACCACGUCCUAUCAGAAGCUGCUCUCGAAAUUCGACAUCGCGUACACUAAUUACCAACAGGAUUUUGAAGACAUCAAACUGAAGCUAACAAAGCUCGGAACGGCCGUCUCGGUCAUGGCUAAAAUCCCUCUGCUGGAGUGCCUGACCCGCCACAGCUACAGAGAAAGCCUGGAGAAAUCCUCCUCCCCACAUCCCAGAGCAGAGGACGAGCCUGACAACGAAGAAGGAGGCCAAACAUCCUCCCAGUCGGCCAUCUUGUGCCCUGCGGAGGUCCAGCGGAACCAGAAAUCUCCCGUUUCAGGAGAUUCCCCGGCUCAGGACAGAGUGAGGAGCAGCAGCAGCGGGCUGCAGGAGGCGAUGGAGGAAGAAAAGGAGCAGGAGGGGACAGAAAAAACGGACGCUCCCUCAUUUAACGUCACGCUGCUGGACUGGAUCAACGUACAGGACCGGCCCAAUGAUGUCGAGGCUGUAGUGAGGAAGUGCUUCGACUCCAUUAACAGACUCGAUCCGCGGAUUAUUCAGCCGUUUCUCGUCGAGUGCCGGGACACUAUUACCAAACUGGAUAAUCAAAACAUGAAGGCCAUAAAGGGGCUCGAAGACAGAUUGUAUGCACUCGACCAAAUGAUUGCCAGCUGCAAAAAGCUAGUGAACGAACAGAAGGAGCUCGCUCAGGGAUUUUUAGCCAAUCAGAUGAGGGCUGAAAACCUGAAGGACAAUUCAGUGCUGCCGGACCUGUGUCUGAGUCACGCCAAUCAGCUGAUGAUCAUGCUGACCAACCACAGGAAGCUGCUGGACAUCAAGCAGAAGUGCACGACUGCCAAACAGGAACUGGCCAACAACCUGCAAGUCCGUCUCAAAUGGUGCUGCUACGUGAUGCUGCAUGCGGAUCAGGAUGGCGAGAAGCUACAAGCGCUGCUGCGCCUCCUGACCGAGCUGCUGGAGCGAGUGCGUGUGGUGGAGGCCCUCAGUACCGUCCCGCAGAUGUACUGCCUGGCUGUGGUGGAGGUGGUGCGCAGGAAAAUGUUUGUUAAACACUACAGAGAGUGGGCCAGUGCCCUGGUAAAAGAUGGGAAAAACCUCUAUGAGGCAGAGAAGGCCAAAAGGGAGACGUUUGGCAAGCUGUUCAGAAAGUCAUUCCUCAGAAAUCGUUUGUUUCGAGGACUUGACUCAUGGCCUCCGUCAUCAUUUUGCACAAGAAAGCCUCGCAAGUUUGACUUUGAGCUUCCGGAUAUUUCCCUGAACGACCUGCAGUAUCUGAAGAGCUGCUGUCCUGCUGAAGUGCAGCCUUUUCUCAGGGUUCCAUCACUAUGUGAUUUUGAGCCAUUAAACCAUCAUACAGAAGCUCUUCACCAGCUAGUACAAGCAGCUCGGAGUGUAGACGAGAUGUCUCAAACCAUCACAGACUUACUGAGUGAACUGAAGGUUUCUGGGAGCCAGAGUGCACAAAGACCUAGCUCGGAAAGCAGAACAGAGACCACGCCCACCUCAUCCAAAACUCCGCCCACCCUCAGUAUACCGUCUCCACCCACUCAGCCGCUCUCCCUUCCAGCUCCUUUAGAAGAUCUGUCCCCUGACAGUAUAGACGCCCAUACGUUUGACUUUGAAACCAUAGGACAUCCCAACAUGGAUCCCGUGCUCCAGCAGGGCUCUCUGGACCUGGACUCUUUAGCCGAGAGCCCUGAGUCAGACUUCAUGUCAGCGGUCAAUGAGUUUGUCAUCGAAGAGAAUGUAACAUCACCCAAUCCCAUUAGUGACCCUACAAGUCCUGAGAUGAUGGUUGAGUCUCUUUACUCCUCAGUCAUCAAUGCUAUAGAUAGCAAAAGGAUCCAGGACACGACCAUGCUCGAGAGAGAGAACUCCAGAAUCAUGACCCUCAAGGUGACCAUAGACAAGUACCGUUCUGCUGCUGAGGAGUCACAGAGCAACAUGAGGAAAGUUAAGGAUGACCUCUGUCAUUUCCAAGGACUUGUUUUGAAAGAGCAGCGGGACUUUGGCUUUGCCUUGAAGAAGAUGAGUGCAGAAAUUCAUAGCAUAGUCAACAAUAUUAGACGAUGUCAAGAAGAGGACCUCAGAGAGGCACACCGGAAUGAGCUCCAAACGCUGAAAGAUGAUCACGAAAAGCACAUCCUCCGGCUUACUGACGAGUUGGAAGGGAACCACAAGAUCGUCCGGGACGUCCAGAGGGCCAUGCUCGAACUCGAAGGGCUUGUGGAGAGGAAAGAGAAAGAGCUGGCUCAGAUGGAUGGUGAGAGGGAGCGCUUGCUGCAGGAGAUACGCAACAGCCACCAGCAGGCUGUCCAGGAGUUGGAGAGGAUCCUUGCCGAGCGCAGCAAGGCACUUCAAGACGCCCUGCAUUCCAGAGACGCCCUUGCCAACCAGCUGGAUUGCCUGCAAGUCGAGAUCGAGCGGAAGGUACGGCAAGAAAUGGAGAACGCAGAGAAGAACCGUCUCCAAGACUUGGAAGCUCGUUUGAAAAAGGAGCACCAAGCACAAAUGGAGAUCCUGAAACGUGACAACCAGAGCGCUCUAGACACCCUAACCCUUGAGAACCAAGCUAAAAUGAAAGAACUCAUGGAAUCACAUUUGACGGAACGAAAGGAGCGCGAGUGCCGCUUUAAGGACUACGAGGCCCGCAUCAGUGAGCUCGCUGACGCCCGAUGCAAACUUGAAGUGGAAAUGGCACUUAAAGAGACUGAAACGGAAGACCUGCGCUUGCAAUACGAGGAAGCCAAGAACCAGCAGGAGGAGGCCCUUAAGGCAGAGAUGGAGUCACGGACAACGGCCCUCCAAGAGCAAGUCGAGGCACUGAAGCAAGAGCUGCAGAAGAAGAAUGAGGAGCAUGAGCAAGGCCUCGCCGAGCUGCGCGCUCUCAUGCGCCUCGAGAAGGACCACUGCAUCUCAGAGCUGGUGGAGCGGCACGAUGAGGAGAGCACGCUCCUGCGCCAUGAGUUCUCCGCACUCAAGCAGAAGUCUCAGGACGCUGAGAAGGACUGUGAGGAACGCCUGCAGGAGAUCCAGCACCAGCUGGAGGACCAGCUCAAAACUUUACGCAAGGAACGGGAGGAGGAGCAGAGGGCUUUCAUGGAUAAAGAGCGCGAGUUGCAAACCGCCAUCAGCGACCUGCAGGCUGUAAACACGCUCCUGUCAGGGCAGCUGGAGCAGGAGCGUCAGGAAGCCCGGAGAACGGUGGAGGAGAAAGAGGCACUGAAAGAAGCCUUAUUGCAGAAGGAGGAGGUGGAAGCGAGGCUGUUAGGAAAAAUUAAACUACUUGAAACUCAACUUGAGGAAAGACAAUCCACAGACAAAGGAGCUGAGGCUGGGGAAAGAGAAGCUGUGGACGUCGCAUUGCAGCAGAGGUUGGAUGAAGAAAGAGCGUCUCUCCUGGGCAAGUUGGAGCUGCUGGAGAAGAAGAAGAACGAGGAGCUGCAGAACCUGAAGACCUCACUGAUCGCUGAGCAGCAGACCAAUUUCAAUACUGUACUGACACGGGAGAAGUUAAAGAAGGAGCAGAUCAUCAAUGAGCUAAGUGAGAAGCUGAAGAAGGUGACGCUACAGCAGGAGAAGGAUAAGAGCCUGAUCGAGACUCUCUCUGAGGACCGCGCCACCAUCCUGCAGGAGAAAAAACACCUAGAGGAGGAGCUCAACCGCCUCCGGAGCUCCACCCUCGUCUCCUCUGCUUUCUUUGUGCCCAAUCCCAUCACCGUUGCCGUGGAGACGCCCGGAGCGUGUGGGCCCGCCCCCGCCGAAGUCCCCAUCCUGCCUGCGCUGGAUUCGGAGAGGCUGGUGUCUGUGGCCACGCUGCGAGACGAUGACAGAGUGGACUCUGCCGUCGAAGCGAGCAUGAUGACUGUCCAUGAUAACGCGUUGAUGCUGUCAGAGGAGAAGCAGCGGAUACUGAUGUUGGAAAGAACCUUACACAUGAAAGAAGAGGAGAACAAGAGGCUGAGCCAAAGACUGAUGUCGCAGAGCAUGUCCUCUGUGUCCUCAAGGCAUUCGGAGAAGAUCGCCAUUCGAGAUUUUCAGGUUGGCGAUUUGGUCCUCAUAAUCCUGGAUGAGCGGCACGAUAAUUAUGUGCUGUUCACGGUCGGCCCCACUCUCUACUUCCUGCACUCAGAAUCUCUCGCUGCGCUGGACCUCAAGCCGGCAACUGGAGCUACGAGGCGACCGUGGGUGCUGGGGAAGGUCAUGGAGAAAGAAUAUUGCCAGGCAAAAAAGGCCCAAAACCGCUUCAAAGUUCCUUUGGGCACCAAAUUCUACCGCGUAAAAGCCGUGCCAUGGAAUAAGAAGGUGUAAAAUUGUAAAAAAACAAACAAACAAAAAAAACUAGAAUGUUUAUAUUGCUCUUUUCUUUGUUUUGUUUUGUUUUGUUUUUUGGCAGACAUCUUAUGAGCAUCACUCAGAAUUGUUUCAUCACGGAAAGACAAACCAUUAUCACUAUUUCUUUAUUUAAUUUUCUGUGGCAAAACAUUUUAUGAUGAUGAUGAUUAUUUUUUUUACCUCUGUUUAUUCAGAGGUUUGUAAAUGUGGACCAAAAUAUUAUGACUUGAAUAGGGCAAGUCUGUAAAAUGAACAAAAAAAAUCUAUUUGGAGGAUAUAUAUUAGUUCAUUAUAAUUAUUAAUAUUAUUAUUAAUUUUAUUUUGUUCACUUGUGGGAAGAGAACAUUAUGAAAAGUAUCACUAUGAAAUAACAUACGCAAGGUUUUAAAACUAUACAUUUAUUGUAAAUGUUUGAGCGAAUGUUCAUGGCAUGCAUAUACAUAUAUUUUCUUUAACUCUGGAUGUGUCGUAAUUGGAUAUGUAGGUUUUAAAAAAUGUCACACAACGACGCAGUACCCCUUUCAAGCUUUUUGCGAUCUUUAAAAAAAAAAAAAAAAAAAAAAAUUAAAUAAUGCACUUUGCGUCGAUCCAAAAGGGAAGCAGUUGUGCUGGCGGGAAAACGAGCGCAAAAAUGAAAAUAAUUAGCAGCACAUAUCUUCCCACUGUUAGAGAACGUCAACGUGUAGAAAUGAAAUACUUCCUGUUCGUUGAUGUGUGUUAUUCUUGGAUUAAAUCAUGACAUUGUAUAUUAUUCAUCAAAUUGCACAAGUUAAGAAAAAAAUGACUGUAUUGUAAAAGAGUUUUCAAACAAUAAAGGUUUGAUCCCACCUA